AUGCCACUCUCCCCUAUCGAAGAAGAUAAAGUCCCCAUGCUGCACGCUCACCGCCUCUCCUACGAUGAUGUUGACAUAGAAGACUCCGCCUCGGAAACGACUCAUGUCGGCAGCAGCUCGCCGCCCCAGAAGCGCUCUCGUGCAUCUUCAUGGCUUUCGAGCACUUCAACAACGCCUCCCUCGCCCUCACCAGCAAGCCGCAGAUCCGUCUGCAUCAUUCUCUCAACAUACUUCCGCUUCUUCAUUAUCGUCACCCUGCAAUCACUCAUCCUAGUCACCCUUCACUAUCCAUCCUUCCGGCAGCGCUUUCGAGAGUCUAGUCCAGUUCUGCGUGGCCUCGAUGUUGAGACAGGCUCGGACGUCAACGGCCUCUACACAACUCUUUCACACACGUACAACUACCUCAAACCAGAAGCAGAAACGUACUUUCCCAAUACAACAAACAACCUCGACCGUGACGCCAUCCGCAGGAACUGGGACAACCUCAUGCCUCUGGGCUCCGGCUCCGUUGCCAUCCCUGAGCACGAAUCCUAUCCUUUGUUGGGCAAUCCGAUUACUGAUGAUCCACUUCGGUCCGGGCCUUUAUAUGAAGCGUCGUGGACGCAUUCAUUGCACUGUCUGUACCAUCUUGUCGACAGCUACCAUCAGCUUCUUCUGCUUGCCUCUCCGCUCUUGGCCGAUUCAUAUCUGGACCCUAUCUCCGUCCCUGAGGGUUUCGAGCAUGAGCCUGAUCCAGUGCACUUCGCUCAUUGUUCUGAAUAUCUGCGGACCAGUGUGCUGUGCAACCUCGACAUGACUUUGGAAGGAAGUGCAAGCACGAUGGCGGAGAAGGGGCGGGGCCAGGGGCACGUGUGCAGGAACAGAGAGGAAGCGGUGAAGUGGAUCGAGAGUCGGAGGGUUGACGAUCGAAAAGAUAUAGUGGGACCAGAUGCUAUUCCUUUAGAGGAGAAUGAGGAUGAAGCUUGA